AUGGACGAAAACCAUAGGAAGAAAAUCAGAAGAGUCAAUGAAGAUUUGUAUGACCAUUUGGAUGAGCCACUAUGGAGUUCUAUUCUCUCUCUCCUACCGCUCGACGAGGCUGUUCGAACAAUCGUUCUUUCACGAUCAUGGAAGAAUGCAUGGACCACAAUCCCGCACCUCGACCUGGAUAUCUUCAACACGACCCAAAGGAGCAUCGAAGAAGAAGAUAGAGAUUAUUGGGUCCCACUGAAUGGUGAGGAUGACGAGUGGGUUCAAACAGUUGAUAAGAUUCUCUUAUCCCAUACUGGACCCAUCCAAAGCUGCCGCAUCCCUACCUGGUAUUCCAUCUCUAAUUUGGAUGUGGACCGUUGGAUUGAUAUUCUGAUACAAAGAUCGAUAAGUGAAUUGGUAAUAGAGAGCAGUGACGAGUUUCCAUAUCAGCUGCCUACUUCUCUAUUCAAUUGCACCACUAUAGAGAAAUUGGUACUGAUCAACUGCAGCGUGCUCGUCUAUCUCCAACUGUGUCUUUGGGUUGUAAGAAUUUGA